ACCCGGAUCAGAGCGCGCCGCCGCGGGGCUGGAAACUGUUCGGCUGCUACAGAUCCAUCCGAGAGCGCGCAGGAGCCUCAUGCACACUCAUUACACUUGAGGAGGUAUGCUUUAGUAUUUGAGCAUUUAAUUGAGCAGAUUCCCUUUCGAAUGAGGCGCGGUUAGAGCGGAAUAAGCGGCGGUGGGGUUUGAUGAGGAUGAGGAUGAAGAGCGCGAGACACCUGUGAUUACAUUCAGCAGCAUCAGUCACUGAGAUGCCUUCAGUAGUAAUAUUCUCCUCCAGAGAGCAGAGAAAGCCGCAGUGAUCUCGAGUCGAGCAGGACGGGGUGUGGUGGUGGUUUACUGCGUGUGACCGAACGCUUCAGCUGAUCAGGAACUUUCCCCACUGAGAACAAGAGGAAAACACCAGGGUUCAGCUCCAGCAGCACUAUGACCGAUGGAGAUUACGACUAUCUGAUCAAACUCCUGGCUCUGGGAGACUCCGGAGUGGGCAAGACCACCUUCCUCUACCGCUACACCGACAACAAGUUCAACCCCAAAUUUAUCACCACCGUGGGCAUCGAUUUCAGGGAAAAGAGAGUGGUUUACACGACAAACAGCCCCAAUGGAACGACAGGAAAGACGUUUAAGGUUCACCUGCAGCUUUGGGACACGGCGGGACAGGAGAGGUUCAGGAGUUUAACCACAGCGUUUUUCAGGGAUGCGAUGGGCUUCCUGCUCAUGUUCGACCUGACGAGCCAACAGAGUUUCCUCAACGUCAGGAACUGGAUGAGUCAGCUCCAGGCUAAUGCGUAUUGUGAGAAUCCAGAUAUUGUUCUUGUGGGUAAUAAAGCCGAUCUGGCCGACCAGAGAGAAGUUCAGGAGAAACAAGCAAAAGAACUGGCGGACAAAUACGGCAUUCCCUACUUCGAGACAAGUGCGGCCACUGGUGCGGAGGUGGACAAGGCCGUGGUCACGCUACUGGACCUGGUGAUGAAGAGGAUGGAGCAGUGUGUGGACAAACCCGCGGCAGACGCGCAAAACACGGACGGCACCAGCAAACUGGACGCUGUGCCAGCCAAUGAGAAGAAAUGUGCAUGUUAAAGAACCAGGAAGUGCCCUUCCUCUAGUGGACAGGUGCGGACGUGCCGCCCGUCUGGCCGAUCUCAGAGCGACGGCACUCGUCUGGAUCUCGCACGUCCGUCCUGACCUACUGUAUUACAGAUAUGUGUGGACAUUUGUAUUUUUCAUUGGAGAGUUUGUGAGAGCUGUCGUACUGCCUCGUGAUCUUUAACAAACCCUGCGAAAUUUACCCCAGAUUAUAAACAUUUGCAAAUGCAUCUCAAGUAGUCACACACUACCAGUCAAAAGAUUUGAAUAAUUAGGAUUUUUUAAUGCUCAUCAAAGACUCUCUUCUGCUCACCAAAGCUGCAUUUAUUUGAUCAAAAAUACAGUAAAAAUAUUAUUCCAAUUUAUAAUAGCUGUUUUCUAUGUGAAUAUUUAGUAAAAUGUAAUUUAUUCCUGUGAUCAAAGCAUUUUGAUUACUCCAGUCUUCAUGUCACAUGAUCCUUCAGACAUCAUUCUAAUAUGCAGAUUUGCUGCUCAUAAAACAUUUAUGAUUAUUAUCAAUGUUGAAAACAGUCAUAUUUUUUGUAAAACGUGAUGGAUUUUAAUUUUUUAAGGAUUCUUUGAUUAAUAGAAAGUUCAAAAGAACAGCAUUUAUUUGAAAUAGAAAUAUUUUCUAACAUUUAAAUGUCUUACCACAAACUUCUGAAUGGUUUUAUAUCACGGUUUCCACAAAAAUAUGAAGCAGCACAACUGUUUUCAACAUUGAUAAUAAUCAUAAAUGUUUCUUGAGCAUUAAAUCAGCAUAUUAGAAUGAUUUCUGAAGGAUCAUGUGACACUAAAGACUGGAGUAACGAUGCUGAAAAUUCAGCUUUGAUCACUGGAUAUAAAUUACACUUCACUAUAUAUUCACAUAGAAAACAGCUGUUUUACAUUGUAAUAAUAUUUCACAUUUUUUACUGCAUUUUUGAUCAAAUAAAUGCAGGUUUGGUGAGCAGAAGAGACUCUUUCAAAAGCAUUUUAAAAAAUCCUUAUUAUUCAAAACUUUUAUUUCGAUCCUAUUGUGGUGAAAGUUAAGAUUUUAUGGACCAUAAUCCCAAUUGGACUCAGAAACACAUCAUCUAAAUGAAUGUACAUACAAAAAAAAAAAAGUCUUGAAUUAGACAUUCAUAUCUCUGUCAGUUUAACAGUGAUCACGCCUGUAGAACGGUCUAGAAACGGUUUGUGCCAAACACUAUUCCACUGCCUGAGUCCGUCUUUGGUGAAUGGAAACCUGUGCAUGUCUAUACAGGCCAAAGACUGCAGACUGGAGAUGCUUCAGGCCUUUAUUCCGUCACGUUUGUUUCUUGAGUAUGAUGCUUGCGUGUCAGUGAGUGUCGGUGCAUGCGGCCAACAGUAGGUUCACUCGCGGCUUUAGAUGUAGGGCUGACGUCUAACACAAUCAUACUUGGGUUUUUAUCAUGAAUCGUGAUAUUGAUGCAGAUGAAUCUUUGACUGGAGCUCGAUCACGUACACCUCUUGGACUGAAGUUUUAGAUUGUGUUCACAUAAAAGGUCAUGAACAGUAGAAAGUACAGAUUGAUGCAUAAAUUGCAAAUAAAUAGUUGAAUAAUUAUGGUGUGUUUAUAUAUGUUUGUGAGGCGCUCCAACACACGCUUCUGUAUGGAAGAUUGUUUUCGCCAUGGAAUAAAAAAGGUGAUUGUGAUUUUUAUCUCACAAUUUAUUUCUCACAAUUGCGAGUUUAUAUCUCCAGGGUUAUUAUCGUUAACUAAAACUAUUAAAAAACAUUUUUGUUAAUUGAAAUAAAAUACAAUGUAAAUAUUAGUUGAAAAAUGUUGCAAUGGCAAUAAUCUGUUUAAGUUGAAGCACUAAAAUUAUUAAAUGGAAAUAAACUGAAACUGAAAUUAAAAUAAAUUAAAUCUAAAUAGCAAUAUUCAUAUUAAUAAUAAUAAUAAAAAUUACAAAAGCACAUAAUAAAAUGACAAAAAUAUUAAACUUAAAUUAACAUGAAAAAUUAGUUAAUUUGAAUUAUUUUUUUAAUCGGUUUGAGUGAAUGAUUCAAUGACUCACUCAUAAAAUAAUAAAAACAAUUCAAAAUAUUAAUAAAACUGAAAUAAAAGCUAAAAUAACAGUCUCAGAAUUCAGAUUUAUAACUUGCAACUGGGAGUUUAUAUCACAUUUGUGCGAAAUAAAGUCAGAAUUGCGAGUUAUACACUUACAAUUGCGAGGAACGAUUUGUGAGAUGAAUUGUGAGAAAGUCGCAAUUAACUUAUUUUGUAUUACGUGACAAAAAUGAGCUUCCAUACUUCUGAACAUUUGAAAGAAAUUAAAUGACAUGUGACACAUUUUUAAUGUACAAGAACCUGUGUGUGCAUCUACUGUACAGCCAGAUUAAUACAGAUCUGCUUCUACUUUGAUGUUUUAACUGGCGAAUGUCCUGAAAACACAUCCAGAUCAUAUUUCAGACCACAUUCAAAAGCAUUAGGAUGUUUUGAAUUGUGACAUUAUUUUCAGCACCAAACUCUCAUUACUGUAAUGCUUGACUUGUUCUAUUUCUCAUCAUUCUUAAUGUUGCUCAUUACUGAAAUACAGUGUUUAAUUUUUAUUUACAGUGAAUCAGCAAAAAGGCAGUACAACAUAUGAUUUUUUUUAAUAUUUCAGUAAUGAGAGUUUAGAGUUUUGUUUUUGGAUUUUUUUUUUUACAAUUGGAAAUUGUUGAAAAGCAAAGAAAUCCUGGUCAUAAUAGGCUUCAUUUUUGUUUUAAUGUUUUAUUUUUGUCCUAUGAAUUUGGCAUGAAAUACUACUUGGAUGUUUCUUGUACAGCCAGAUUAAUACAAAUUUCCUUCUGCUAUGUUUUUUUUUAUUUGGUGAAUAUUAUGAAAUCAUGUCCAGGUCAUAUUUGACACUAAAUUCAAAACCAUUAAUAUGUUUUGCACUGUGAUAUUAUUUUAAUGACAAUUAAACACAUUUCAAUAACUCGUAUUACUGUAUGUAAAUGUUUUAACUUUUGAUUUUUUUUCCCUAAUUCUCAUUAUUCUCAGUGUUUCUCAUGACUGUGAUACAGUGGUGUUUUGAAUUAAAAUCAGCAAAAUGGCAGCAUAACAAUUACUUCUUAUUAUUGUGAAAUUGGUCCUAAAAUAUGCUUUAUUCUCUUAAUGCAAAACAUGUUUUUUUUUAAUAAUAUAAUUUCAGGGUGAAAUAUGACCUGGGCGUGUUUCUGACAAGUUAGGUGAGAUUCAUAUGGUUAUAAUUGUUUAAUGAGGUCUGUAUAAGUGCUCAAAAUGAUUUUUUAUUUGUUUGAUGUUUUGAUUCGUAAGGCCCGUUCACACCAAGAACAUUAACGAUAACUAUAUUGGCGUUCACACCAGCAGAGGAUAUCGUUCUGUUUAUUCUAAGCGCGCCGCCAUUUUGUCGUCUGUCGCUUUAAAUGCUCGCGCUCUUUAAGCAGGAUGGAUUCUGAUUGGCUGUCAAUGUUUUUAACGUUCAUCAGUUUUCUCUGUGCCGCCAUUGUUAUAGUUGUGGACUCUACUAAUAUUUUAUAUUUAGGUAACUUGUUAUAAUUAUUGUCCUUUGUGUGAACAGGCUUUUAACACGGUUUUAUUUUUGUCCUCCGGUGCCAAAUCAUCCCGUGCCAUAAUAAUCACCUCUGUUCCUCAUGAUUCAUGACGCUCGCGGUGUGUGUGUGUGUAUGUGGAACGACUGAUCGCACAUGCCUUUAAAUGUGACAAUCUCUGGACCAACGUUUCAGUUUGAAGAACAUUCAGAUUUGCUUUUGUGUUUCUACUGAACUUCUGCUUGGCCUUGAACAGAGCCGCGUCUCUUGAGCUUCUCGUGUGUUUUACUGGUUUAGUACCUCAUGUGGUUAAAGGAAUGGCUUUAUGACAAGUGAUGUUGUUCUCUUAAAAGUUUACAUUGAAGGAUUUUCUCUCCUUGUGCCUGUAAAGAUCUACUGACCAAUGACACGCUGCCCGAGUCUUUAAUAGGGUCCUGAACUCCUCUAAGCUAUUUUACCGCAUUAAAACUAUAUUUGGCAAAAUAAAGCAGAAAAUAACACAAAGAACUUUACUGUAACUGUAAUGCAGGUUUCAGAAAAAUCAACUCUUCAGUUUUCUUUGAGAGUGUUUAUUUUUUGUUAUGCGUGUGACAUGUUACUAAAGAAUAAAAAGGAAAAAUGCUCUUGA